CUGGAUCAUGGCCGGGGACAGUGGCUGCUGUACGACGGCAGACGAUGGAGCAGAGAGCGACCAGCAGCAGCCUCUCAUUCUGGAGAGAGUCGACAAAGACGCAGGAAAAAGUUGUCAAACCGUCGUGAGAAACCGUCUGAAGAAACACUGCUCGUGCACCCCGGAGAAGAUCAAAUCCAAAGUACUGGACUUUUUCCCAGUUCUGAAAUGGAUGCCACACUACAAGCUCAGGGACUGGCUGCUGGGCGACGCCAUGUCGGGACUAAUCGUUGGAAUCCUGUUGGUCCCCCAGUCUAUAGCUUACUCCUUAUUGGCCAGUCAGGACCCUAUUUAUGGUCUCUACACUUCCUUCUUCUCCUCCAUCAUCUACACCCUGUUAGGUACUUCCAGACACAUCUCAGUGGGGAUUUUCGGAGUGCUCUGCCUGCUCGUGGGUCAGGUUGUGGACAGGGAGCUGGCUCUGGCAGGAUACCUCACAGAAAGCAUCAGUAGUAACGACAGCGCCGUCCUGCUGGCUGGCCAGGGGAAUGACAGCGUUUGGCUGGACUGUGACAGGAGCUGCUAUGCAAUCACAGUGGGAGCCACGCUUACCUUUACUGCCGGGGUUUACCAGGUGCUCAUGGGUAUUUUCCAGUUCGGCUUCGUCUCCGUCUUCCUCUCAGACUCUCUUCUCAGCGGCUUCGCUACGGGAGCCUCUCUGACCAUCCUCACCUCGCAGGUCAAGUACCUGCUGGGUCUGAAGAUCCCCAGGCCUCAGGGCUGGUUCACUCUCUUCAAGACCUGGUUCAGCCUCUUCACCAGCCUGGGGAACACGAAUAUCUGUGACCUGGUGACCAGUUUGGUGUGUUUGCUGAUACUGAUACCAACGAAGGAAAUCAAUGAUCGCUUCAAAGCCAAAUUAAAGGCUCCGAUCCCCUUCGAGCUCUUCGUGGUGAUAAUUGCGACCCUGGCGUCUCACUUCGGCCACUUCAACACAGAGUACGGGUCGAGCGUGGCCGGUGAAAUCCCCACCGGCUUCCUUCCUCCGCAGUUGCCCUUGUGGUCUCUGAUCCCCAACGUGGCUGUCGACGCCUUCUCCAUCGCCAUCGUCGGAUUCGCCAUCACCGUCUCUCUGUCGGAAAUGUUCGCCAAGAAGCACGGCUACACAGUGGACGCCAACCAGGAGAUGUACGCCAUCGGCUUCUGCAACAUCCUGCCAUCGUUUUUCCGCUGCUUCACCACCAGCGCUGCUCUGACCAAGACCCUCGUCAAGGAGUCAACAGGGUGCCAGACUCAGGUGUCGGGGUUGGUCAGCGCCCUCGUCCUGUUGCUGGUUCUUCUGGUUAUUGCACCGCUCUUCUAUUCUCUACAGAAGUGUGUCCUCGCUGUUAUCAUUGUGGUCAACCUCCGCGGUGCUCUACGAAAGUUCACCGACAUUCCUCGCAUGUGGCGCAUCAAUCGCGUCGACGCCUCCAUCUGGCUGGUCACCAUGAUGACCUCGUCGCUGGUCAACACAGAGCUGGGUCUCCUCGUCGGGGUUUUGGUGUCGGCCUUCUGCGUCCUCGGCCGGACUCAGCAAGUCCAGGUCCUGGAGCUGGGCCAGGCCUCAUCCAGGGAGCACUACGAGGACCUGUCGUCUUACCGUGGCCUUCACACUCAUCCAGGAGUGGCUGUUUUCAGAUACGAGGCCCCGAUCUACUACGCCAACCAGAGCUUGUUCAAAAGAUCUCUUUACAGUCGUGUUGGGCUCGAUCCUGUGAAGGAGAAAACACGAUGGAUAAAGUUCCAGAAGCAGAAGAAGAAGAAGAAGAGCAAACAGGAGGAGGUCGCAAACAUGAAGUCAGAAAAAGAGGCUGAAGCUGAAGCUACUGAGAUUGUAACCCUGAUGCUCGACGAGGAAUCGCGUCGUAACUUGCGGAGCAUAGUUAUAGACUGUAGCGCCAUCUUGUUUCUGGAUACCGCAGGAGUGAAUGCUCUGAAAGAGGUUCGCAAAGAUUAUGAAGAAGUUGGGGUCAAGGUGGUGCUGGCCCAGUGUAAUACCUCAGUGCUGGACACUCUGGAAAGAGGCGGGUACUACCCCGACACAAGAGGAGAUGAUGGAGGGGAGAAGAAAAUGAUUUUCUUUACUAUCGCAGACGCCGUCCGCUACGUCCAGAGCCUCUCUGCUCCCAACGGAGAUUGUGACACCAGAUGCUAAAAAAAAAAAUGUUUAAAAAGAGAAUCUGUCCAAAUAUCUACGUUUACAUGUAUGUUUGCAGUUUACAUCUCACAUGAUGCAAAUCAAACAUGCAUUGUUGCCGCUGUGCCUUGUAAUGCUACAGUCGUAGCAGCAGUUAUGUAGAAUAAAUGCAGGAUAAUUUAACUAAAGUAGAAAAUGUUUUAUUUAAAUACUGCAAGAUAGAAUGCAAAAAAAUAAUUUAAAGUCCUCCUUGUAAAGAUGUAGCUUGAGUACUCAACACAUGGUACUUAAACUUCAUUUUUAAGUAUAAUUUUCUCCCGUUUGCCCACAGACACAAAACAACAGACAGAGUCAUAUUCUAAUUCAGUUUAGAAUAAUGACCCUCAUCUAUUAAUGGUCCUUCCAUUGAUUUAAAGGAGCUGCAGACGAGAGCCUAAAAAUAUGGAUUUUUGGGGCUGAUGCUGACAUUAGGGAGUAAAAGAAUUCCUAUAAUGAUAAAUAAGUCGUUAUAAAAUGUUGCUGUCAAGUAAUUGAGGCUCAAUAUUUUACUGUAAAAACCAAAAUCACAUACAGCCAAAUAUAUGGAACUUGAAUCAACAUAUUUUAUUACGUAAAAAUGUGUUAAUGCACCUGUUUUCUGCAUUGUUUAUUCUGUCAAAUAAAAGCUUUAACAAUGAAAGCCAAAACUCAGGACGAGCUUUAAAAAAUCCUUUACCUGAGAAAAGAUGCUUUAACGGGACUUUUUUAACGUCAGAUUUUAGUUGGUAAUCAUUUUAAAGAUAUAUUGCUGCUUGAUGUGUACAAUCUUUCUAUUGUAGUAAUGACAUGUGAAAACUUUCACUUGAUGUCCUUAAAAUAUUUUUAUAAUUUAGAAAUAGCCCGACUGUACCUGAACAUGUGCCGUGACAGUAACCCAUAAUGCAUUUCUCUCUUGUGCAAUGAUUGUAUGGGAAAGACAUGUUUACAAAGCCAUUAAGAAAUAAAUUAACACUUAUCUUUACAAAAUAAAUGAGAAAUAAGAGGUACGUUUUUCUAUUACUUUUCAUUUUGCACCUUUUGUCUAUGCACUAAACGUCAGUGCCUAUGAUGAUGCCUAUGCAGCGCAAAUACUGUACAUGUACGUACUGUGAAUGUUUUCAAAUAAGGUGUUUUUCUACAAUUCUUCAUGAUCUACAAUCUGAAAACUUCACUCGUGUUAUGUCCAAAGAACAAACGUCCUGUUCAUUGUGGGUUUUUUUGGUGUGAACUGAAUGUGCCAUGUGGACACACAACUUUCUUUGUUUGUCUGCGUGUUUGCUGAGAUUACUGACGUCAAUACAGUUUUAGUUUGCGUUAUUAUAUCUUGUCGAACACAGUUGUUGCCUGUAAACCUGUUGGGUACUUAAUACUCUGUGGGAGUUACAUGGAAAUCUUUGGGUUUAAUCUUGUGCCAGUUGAACCUCGUGAUCGUUUUCUUUGUGUGGAACAUGAUCAGAAUAAGGACAAGUUCAUAAAUUGGCUGUAACAUUGAUUUGCUAAACAUUCACGGCUCUAAAAUGAAGCUUCCGGGUCCAUUACUUUGUGUUUUAUGACACCAGAAAAAGCUCAGGGCUGGUUAGUGUUAGUGUGAGAGCUAAAGUCCUUAUUAUGUUCCAAACACAGCGGAAAGGACGUCAUGGACUUAAAGCAGGAAAUCUCUCUGGAGACAGAGGGACUGUUUUCUGUCACAGGAGAAUGAAGCAGGUCAUGUUAGUGAAGGACAGUUCAGAUUCAUCUUCACUUCCAUUAACAAAUUAAAAAUGGACUUUAAUUCAGAAUACUGGAAAAUGCUGUUUAUAAAAAAAAGUCUGGGGUCCAGUUCAACCUUGAGCGUGAACUUGUGGGAGAUGAACUGAGUGGAAAUGUUGUCGACAUGAGUGAUUGUAGCUUUAGUUGUUUCUGAAACCAAACACAACUGUGCAGCACUUAGACAAACUGUUGUGUCAUUUCAGUGUUUAGACGACGCUGCAGUAUAAAGUCGUGUUUGUAUUUAUUUGUACCAAAAAUGUAACCAUGCACAAAAUCGGAGGUUUUGUGAUUGCAUCAGCUUUUACCUGCUUUUAUUCCAAACUGAACACGUGUAAACUGUAGACUCAGGUCUAUUUGUUGUGUUGUUAAUGACGCUGCUGUUUACUCCAAAGCUCAAUGAUUCUGUUAUUAAAAAUAUGAUAUUAUAUAUGCAAACAAGA